CGCGGAAGCGCUGAACGUUAUAGCCGGGGUCAUGUUAUUUCGAAUUAUUCAAUGACCGAGUUAUUUUCUUACUGUGGUGCAGGUGCGUCAUAACAACGAAAUGGAAAGUAUGGGCUUCGUCGCUGGUUGGGGACAGAUUUACAAGGAACCACUGUAUUAGUAAAACCAUCAACCAUGUAUCUAUCUCACCCAAAAAUACCAUCAAAGCCUGUAAAGAGUGCUCUGCCAGUUUUUGGGAGCAUUAGCAGAAGUCCGAGAACACCUGCCUCCUCCUCCCUAUACUCCGAGUCCAGUGAUGGGGGCUCAAAGGGAGUGCAGUAUUCAGACACUUUUGUAAGUGAAUCUGGGAUUCCAAGUGUGGGUUAUCAAAGGAAAAAGACCCCAAGAAAAACCAUGAUUAGCUUCAAAGAAAAUGAUGUGACAGAAACAAUAGAAACUGAAAUUCCUUUUACAGGGCGAUCAGUUACGGAAAUGCCUUUCACGGAGAGGAAUGGCAAGUCCCACACAGAGAGAGCUACGACAGAAAUUGAGACUUGCAUAUCAGAGAACGAAAGCGAGAAGUUUGUUACAGUGACAGAGAGAAUUCCUUCCCUGUCGGAGACAAAAUCUAGUCAGUCAUUGUAUUCCAACACGUUUGAAAGUGACCAAUCUAAUCUGGAGGAUGAGAAAUCACCAGUCGUAUCAUCAAAGAGUGACCAAGAACAGACAAAAUAUGAUUAUUCAGACACUUUCCAUUCCACAGAGAACUCGAGUGGCCAACUUUUCUCUUCCAAGAGGGAUAGUAGAUCUUUCCAGGCAGAGACAGAUGAAUCAGAUGACAGCCAUUACUCUACAUUUACGGAGGAAUCAUUGACUGAGUCCAGUACAUUUAGAUCGUUGGAGGAGAGUGUUGCCUCGGCUUCCCCAACACCGGAAUCCUAUACACUCACAUUUGAAGAAGAGUCAGAACUGGACAGGGAAUACAGCACAGAUUUUGAGAAAAGUAGCUCCUUGAAAACAGACUACACUGACACGUUCCUCCCCACAGACAGUCUAGAGGACUCAGAAAAGAUACGGAAAGAAGCAGAGAUCAAGAAAAUCAGCCAGGAGGCGGAGGAGAACUUUGUGGCUACCAUGAUUACCCACAUAAAACAACAGCCAAUGAGAGAGACUGAUAUAUCUGUGCUGAUUGACAAAGAGUUGGAGGGACCAGAGUAUGAAGAACUAGACAAACAUGCCAGAAAAUAUAUCCACAAAAAGAUGAAGGUACUGAAAAAGAAACUCUACACAGGAGACCAAGACACGCCUUCUCUAGAGAAUGUUAACCAGUGGGAGAGUAAGAAAACUUGGAGCAUCUCAGACUAUGGAGUCCAUCCCUGUAUACUGGACAAACUCAGGCUUCAUAACUUCAUCCAGGAUAUGGAAAAGGCAGCUAAUACAGAAAUCCAUGAUCCUAAGAAGUGCAGAGAAUGCAGGGCCCACCAAUCUUCGUUGGAUGCUGCAGCUGCUGAAAGGAACUUCAUUCGAUUAAAAACACGAGAAGUUAGACAAAGGGAGAUGGAGGAUGCUUAUCAUAAACAUCUAGUCAAAAUGGAUUCAAUCAACUUGAUAGCAGACAUUGCCCGCUCCUUACCUAGGCCUACUGACGAUCCAGAAAAUAUUGAGGACCAGUUAUUCAAGGGACUUAACUUGUCUAAAUCAAUCUGUAACAACAGACUGUCUGCUACUUGAUGGUCUCAUAGCGAAAUGUUCUAUGUUAAUCCUCCCUGCUAGCCCAGCAGAACAGAUUUUCAACAAAAAGACAAGUUGCAACUUCAAGAGAAUGGUCCUGUAUUUAUUAGAUACCUGUAAAUAAUGUUUUGGCAGAAAUGUCAGAUGUGUACAUUUAUAUAUCAGAUAGCAAGUGAGAUAGACUGUGAAAGAUGGAACCCAUUUUAAGAUCAUCACUUUACAGUGGAAAAGUUGUGGUUUAUAGAAAAUAUGAAAUGAUGUGAUAAAGACUUUGCCAAAAUACAUUGUUUAGAAUUGAUGAUUUGAAAGUAAUAUCAAUAGAUAAUGAGUCAAAAUGGUUGGUCUUAUAUUUUUAGCUCAUCACAAUGAAGUUGGGGGGAACCUUGUGUUGGUUAAAAGAUUGCAGUGACCUUGAACAAUUGUUUAUGUCUAAGGUUAAUGUCAUAUCAUACUUGUGUGUAAAAUCCUUAUCCUGACCAUAACAUAUAAAAAGUUCAAGGUUACAAAAAUUAUUGUCUUAACAUAUUCUCUCCCCUUAGCCCUAUCUGGUUCAUUCUUCAUACAAUGCACUUUUAAUAAAGGGUUAUAGUGACCUUAUGCAUUUCUAGGUAAAAGGUUGACAUCAUAAGAGAUAUUUUAAAAUCCAGAUUUUUGUCAUAAAUUCUUGCUGAUUCUUUACCAAAAGAUUAUCUAUAGGUAGGAGAGUUGCAUUGACCUUGCAUUAUGUAUCUAUGUCAAGGUCAUAGUAGGCCUUUGUUUAAAAUCCUUGUCUUGACCCUACUACCCCCCCCCCCUUUCAUUAUUGCAGUAUAUUACAAAAUAAAGUGCUGUUGGAUUAAGGAUGUGCAAUGACCUUGAACUAAAAAGUAAAAGAAUCAGAGAUCAAAGCAAAGAUCUCUUAUAUGCUUUUGAUCCUAAUGUCCUUCUGAAAGCAGGGUCAGAUGAUAAGGUCACCUUCUCAAGGUGUCUAUUUUUUUUUUUAUAAUUUACACAGAUCAUUUUUAAUCAGAACUUAACAACUCUGGAUCUUGAAAAUGUGUGCAUGCAGAUUAUAUCUCAUUUGAAAAUAUAAAACCUUUGGACAUUUUUUCCUGUUCUACUUUGUUCUUCUGACAUUUGCCUGCAUAUCUGUAUAUAAGUAGCUACGGGAAAAAUUAAGGUUGACAAGUCAAAGGGCUUCGAUCAGUUCUUGCAUACAAAAACCUUGCAAUUUAUAGUGCAUAAAAACUCCAGUAAUUUUGAAACAAUUAUCCUUUCUUAUUACUGUAAAAAUUUCUUCAUAAAAAUUUGUAACUGCUCUAAAAUUAAAUCCUUCUCCAAGCAUGAAGGUGCAAAGGACCUGUGCUUUAUCUUGGUUUUUAUGGUGCUAAGGCUAAGCAGAUGGGAGUCACUACACCAGUCCAUUGCAGGUUAACCCUCAGCGUAAGCCUGUGCCCAAUUUCAGCUAAGUGGACCAAGACAAUGCAGGUAAAGUUUCUUUUUCAAGGACACGACACACAAGUGAUACAACAUGAAGUGACCACAGCUGGGCUUGAACCAGGAACCUUUAAAUUACUGGCCUAACUGAUGAGCCCUUGAGUUACAGAUUUGCAGCUUCGCAAUUUUCUGCCCUCAAAUCCUAAAAGCAAUACCAUUAUACAAAAUAAAUAAAGGCAACCACUUUAAAUAUGUGAUAAGCAUUUAUUCUUUUUCAAUUUUGAAAAUUGAAUCCAGUGGGACGGAGGAAAAUCUCAGAGACAGGAUAAGAUCAUUAUAAAAUAGGCAUAGUAUGUAAACUAACUACUUAGGAAUAUCACAAGUAUCGGUAGAUUUGUUGUAAUUUAGAGUAAACAAAAUUGUUAAUAUUUCUAAUUUGUUUAAACUAAAGUAUAAACUCUGAUUCAAAGUCCACAUAUUGAAAGGAUGCUGCAUUCUUGUUUUUAAUUUGCAGUUUGCAAUCAGUUUUGCAUAAUCCAAAUUUAUGGAAACAGGAAGAAAAGUUAAUAUAAAUUUACAAAAUUGCUAGCAGAUAAAUGUACCAGUCCAACCAUUUCAUGAUUAAAUUUGACUUUUACACUUUAACAUCCAAAUAAGCAAAAGUCCUUUAUAUCUCAUUUCAAACGCAUAAAUUCCAAGGAACAAUCACUUCCAAAAAUACUUAUUAAAAAGAACAACAUAUUUUUGCAUAACUAUUUCCACAAAUACAUUUUCACUGAUGAAUCAGCAUUGUAGCAGGCAAAUCAGUUGGGGCAGAUAUAGUUUAAUCUGUCAGAAAAAUUGAGGUACAACCUGUUUAUGACUAGACUUCGUAUCACAACUCUAAAAUCCAUCAGAUCCUUAACAGACUAAGAAUUUCUGACUCGGACAACGGUAAAAAAAAAACAAAAGAAGUAAAAAUGAUUUCACAUCUACAUUAAAAGCUGCAACAUUUCAAUAUGUUUACAACAUUCCACAACCAAUCAUUGUUAUUCUUUGAAAGUGCUUUUAAAAGUUGUUGGGACAUGGGAUAUAUAAAAAUAUAUGCAUUAAAAAAUCUAAUUUGGUCAUUUUUAACCAGAAAAAUACCCCAAAAUAGAUGUAUAUGUUCUGUA